AUGAGUGAAGAUACUAAGAAAGAGAUAGUUGUUAAUGAUGUUGUUGAUGCAAUAUCAAAGACGAACAACAGCAACAAAGACGACGACGACGACAAUAAUAAUGCCAAAGAAGAGACAACAUCACAAACUUUGACUAAAGAUGAUGGUCAUGUUGACAAUGGAAAUGACAAUGACAAUGACAAGAGUAGUGGCAGUCUAGAUGAUCUGGAAUCUCAACUUGUCUCACUCACUGUUGUCACUCAGACUACGAUUGCUGCUGAUGCUGCUGCUGCCCCUGCUACAACAACAACAUCAACGACGUCAACCACAACGACAACAGACGAAAAGAAGAAAGAUGAUGACAAGGUUAUAGAUAAAGUUAAGAUUGAGGAUAAGGAUAAUGAUAAAGAUAAGGAUAAGGGUUAUACAAUUAUACCUGCAUCACAGAGAGCUGAUGGCACUUGGAGAAAAGAGAUACGUGUUCGAGCUGGAUACGUGCCGCCAGAGGAGGCCGUCAAGUAUGUUGCUCCACACAAGAGAACAACACCAGUGUCAUCACCAAUGAAGAAUCAACAACAACAACAACAAGUCAGUCCGACACAAUCACAAUCCCAGACAUUGACUGGGGACACAACAAACACCUCAAUCUAUUCACCUGCGCCACGAACAGAGAGGACCAGUGGCAACAGAAAUGAAUAUGAUGAUUAUCAAGACGAUGAUGAAGUGUACAGAAAACCAAUCAGAGAUCAAGACAAUUGGAGCAGUAAUAGUAAUAAUAGUAGCAGUAGUCCAAGAGGUGGCAGUUAUGGAGGAUCUCCACGUGGUGGAGGUGGUCGCGGAGGGGGUUAUAGAGGUGGAUAUGGAUAUGGUGGCGAUAACACAGUGGUGGUCGAGAUUAUAAUCAAGGUUCACAGUCACAAUCAUACAGAGGAGAUGGCAAUGGAGGCAGGCCAAGAGGAGGCUAUCCCAGUGGUGACACACGAGAUACACGAGACACCAGAGAUACAAGAGACACUCGUGACUACUACAAUCAAAGUUCACAAACUCAAUCAUACGGAGGUGAAAGCAAACCAAGAUGAUGAUUAUAGAACAUCACCACAGAGAUACAACAACUAUGGCAACAACUAUAACAGUGGCGGUGGUCGUGGAGGAGGAGGAGGUCGCGGUGGCGGCGGACGAGGUGGAGGUGGAGGUGGUCGCGGCAGGGACAACUCAUCAUCACCAGGUGGACCCAAGAAAGAGUUGAGUUGGACCAAUGACAAGUUCCACGAGAUGUACAAUAAUUGA